AUGGCAAUUUCUAAGCGAGUCUACAACUGGUGCAUUUCCAUGGUGGCGGCAGGAUGUAUGGUCCUCUACGGCUACGAUGCCUCUGUGUUCAACUCGGUGCAAGGCUCGAAGAACUGGUUGAACUGGUUUGAUCUCGACCCGAAACGAGACUCGUACCUGAUCGGCCUUAUCAACACGGCCUACACAAUCGGGGCCAUUGUUGCCGGCUUCUUCUUUGGUGGGCCCAUUGCUGACUAUCUCGGCCGUCGUUGGGGCAUGGGCAUCGGUUGCUUCCUGACCAUCAUCGCCACGUUCAUGCAAACGUUUGCGCCACACCACAAUCUCGGAUGCUUUAUUGGCGGACGUGUCAUUAUUGGCCUAGGCCAGGGACUGGCUUUGACUGCUGGCCCCGUUUAUAUUGGCGAGAUGGCACCGCCCGAGAUCCGGGGCCUGAUCAUGGCCUUCUGGCAGCUCUUCUACUCGGUCGGCUCCUUUAUCGCGUACUGGAUCAACUACGCCUGCUCGCUGCACCGGGCCCGGUUGGGCGAGUGGGACUGGAAGAUGGUCGUGAUCUUCCAGAUGCUCGUGCCGGCCAUCAUCAUCGCCCUGCUGCCCUGGCAGCCCGAGUCGCCGCGCUGGCACAUCCAGAAGAACAACGACGUCGAGGGCGCGAGGGCGGCGCUGCGCCGCAUCCGCGAGUCGGAUGCCCAGGUCGAGGAUGAGAUCCUGGUGAUCCGCGAGGCCAUCGAGUACGAGCGCGAGGCCAUCGCGCACAGCUACGCAGCUCUGUUCCGGGAUCCGUCUGUGCGCCGGCGGCUCUACUUCGCCUUCAUGCUCAACGUCGGCCAGCAGCUCACUGGUCAGGGCACGCUCAACAGCUACAGCACGGCCAUCUACAAGAAGGUCUGGACCUCGACCACCACGAUCAACCUGAUCAACGCCCUCAACGCCACCUUUGGCAUCCUCUUCACGCUAAACGCCACCUGGACGGCCGACCGCUUCGGCCGCCGCUGGCUCUUCAUCGUCGGUGCCGUCGGCAUGGGCUUGUGCAUGCUCUGCGUCUCUGUCGUCGGCCUCGCUACGCCCACUACCAACGGGACCAAGUCUCAGCCGGUCGGCAUCGCCAUCGUAUUCCUCCUCUUCCUCUUCAUCUUCUUCUACAAGCCCUCCUGGGGCGCCACCACCUGGAUCUGGACCUCCGAGGUCUUCUCCAUGAACGUCCGCGCCCAGGCUGUUGGCAUGUGCUCCCAGAUGCAAAAUGUCGCCAACACCAUCUUCCAGCAGUUCUUCCCUACCUUCCUCAACCACUCUGGUCUCAAGUGCCUCUUUUUCUUCAUGUCCGUCAACUUCUGUCUUGCCAUUCUCGUUUAUUUCCUCAUCCCCGAGACCAAGAAGGUGCCCUUGGAAGAGAUCGACGUUCUUUUUGGCGGUGCCAAUCACGUUGACAAGGGUGCCGACAUGCUCGGUGUCCCCGAAUCAAAGAGAAGUGCUAGGCAUAAUGAUAAUAGGGGUGGUGCGAGCAAAUCAGAAUACCAGGAGCGAAGUGUAGAACAGGCUGCUUAA